AUGUGGGGGUGGUGCUACAUGUGGGGGUGGUGCUACGUGUGGGGGUGGUGCUACAUGUGGGGGGUGGUGCUACAUGUGGGGGUGGUGCUACAUCCUUCUCCAAACGCGGUGCCGAGCUCCUCCGCGGUCCACUCCUCUGCGGUCCGAUCCGUGCUGCAGGACAGGACAGUUUGCGCGCCGAGUCUUCCCUCGCCCGCGCUGGUGGUGGAGGACGCCGGUGCUCUCUCCGGUGUUUUUGCCCUUUCCUCCUUCCCGCCGACAGUCCGCCGGUUCGCCGCGCCCCUGUGGCAACGAGUCACCGCCACGGUAGGCGUGGGUCCACUCCUCUCCAGGAAACCGCGCUGUGCCAAUCACAGCUGA